AUGGACCGUGUCGAAGGCUUUACAAUGGAAAAUUCCGAGUACAUAGAUUUGACGACUGGCUUUGACAGCGACGACGAUGACAGCGACGACGAUGACAACGACGAGAAAUUCAUGACAGGGCCGCAAAACCUUUUUUCCAAAGUCCACGGAAUGUUAGAGACUCAGAGCAAGAAGCGACGCCUCGCUCCCGACAAUGGAAAAAACGAGAACCUCAACGACGCCACCGCGGCUUCUUCUUCAUCCCCUCCUCAGACACUUCCCCAAGAGACGCGACAGCGACCCCAGGACCAAGCAAAUUGGGAAGUCAUUCGGCAGCUAAAUGAGAGCCACGCCGAAAAUCAUAAUCUCAAAAAAGAGGUCUCCCAAAUGAAGGGCAGGAUACGUGAGCUGGAAACAGAUCUCGGCAGCAAAGAUGACGACCUGAAGAAGGCCCUCCACGAUGGAAAAGAAUGGAAGGAACAGAUGGAGCGCUUUGGCGAGGAAAUUCUUCGACUGAAUGAGAAGGAAGGGACAAAUUACAAGAUCAUGGCAGAAGACAAUUACAAGGUAGCAAUGGACCGUCGCGAGGCUUGGCGCAAAUAUCAUUCCACACGCAAGGAGCUUGACGAGAAGCGCAAGAGCGAAGCGGCCAUGAGACGCGAGUUACGCCGAAUGUACAAGGUUCUGCGCAAGGCAUCCCCAGAGACAUUUGAGAUGGAAACGACAGGGGACAGAAAUGGAAUGUUCCUCGACAUACUCUUGGAAGAUUAA